CAGGCCAAUUUUUAAAGUUGUAGACUAUUAUAAUACUGAUGCCAUCGCAUGAAAAGCUAUAUAAAUAACAAGAAUUUUAUUCCUUCAAUUCAUUCCACUUUAUGAUGGCGGCUGUAAAGAUUCCAACGUUAUUGUGUGUUGGCAUAGCCUUUAUUGUCGCUGUCAACUGCCGGUCGCUAAGUUGUCCUUCCAGAGAAGACAUUGGCUGCGUAAGUCCUCUUCCGUGCCCGCCUGACAGACCAUAUUUAAUGACGUCAUACAUUACGUCGUCACAGUGUCCGGCUUGCGAGUUUUGUGUAGAAUCACUUGAUACAUGUCCUUCACUGCCUUGUCCGAUGAUUCAUGUGCCAGAAGGGUGCUCAGCUGAAUUGUUCGGUGUUGAAAUUCGGGUUGAUGAGACAGUAUGCUGGGAGUGUCAUAACGUGAAACUCACGUGUUAAGAAGAUAUUCUAAUAACUAUCAAGAACGACCAGGCACCUGAAUUCAAAUGUUAGAAAAUGGAUUAAAACUGCUGUAUUCUAUUUCAAAUAUAUUAUGUCAUGUAAUAAAGUUAUUGCGUUA